CACGCGCCAGAGAGCGGGCGGGAGGACGCUAUGGAACAGAGGUUAGCAGAGUUCCGGGAGGCCCGCAAACGGGCCGGGCUGGUGAGCCAGCCCUCCACGGCCAGCCAGGGCGAGCAGACCUCAGCAGCGAAGGCGGAGCCAGCGGCAGCGACCCCAAAGACAGCCACGGGCUGGCUGCGACGCUUCCUGAAGCGGAAAGCAAGCCCUGCCAUUACGCGGGCCCGGCCCAACCAGGCUCAGGAAGAAGCUCAGCAGCCUCCCCAGAGUGCAGCGGUCCCUCUGCCUUCAUCUCGACACCAGUCUCUCCUGACUAACAUCACCUUCUUGAAGGUUCUUCUCUGGUUGGUCCUGCUGGGUCUGUUUGUAGAACUGGAAUUUGGCCUGGCUUAUUUUGUCCUGUCUAUGUUUUACUGGAUGUAUGUAGGGACUCGGGGUCCUGAGGAGAAGAAAGAGGGGGAGAAGAGCGCCUACUCUGUGUUCAACCCCGGGUGUGAAGCCAUCCAGGGCACCCUGACUGCAGAGCAGCUGGAGCGCGAGUUACAGCUCAGGCCCCUGCAGGGGAGAAGCCAAAGGAGGAUAUUGGGUCCCCCAGUUUUAGAAUUACACAGGCUGUUGUGAGCCACCCAGUGAGGAUGCUGAGGAGAGAACUUGGAUCCUCUGGAAGAGCAGCAAGCUCUCCUAACUACUGAGCCAUCUCUCCAGCUCCUGAAGGUAACUUUAAUACCUGUGAAAUAUUAAAUAAUAGAUGUCUUUUGUUAAUUCUUUUGUUCUUCCUUAUAUGUUCUACUUAUGAAGCAAAUUUAGUUUUAUCUAAACUUACCUCUUGUUUAUUGAGUACCAGAAUCCUCCUAGCCAUGACCCUAUUGUACGUUCUUGCUUACCUUUCCUUAAAAGUUGUCUGUACUAUUGGCUUUGCCUUCUAGGAAACGUGAGGUGCAAGCUGGUUACAUAUCUGCAGGGAGGAGAAGCAAGGAUAGUUCAUGUUUGCUGUUUUUGACAGACCAUCAAGCUUUAUUUUGAUGCAGUCUCAAUUUUCUGGAUUUAGACCCGUUCACCACAGAAUGGCCACUCGAGUCUUUACCAGUAGCCCUGAAUGAGAUUGCCAUUAAAGGUAGCUCUGUCAUCAGUAGUUGCAUGUGGGAGUGCUGUUUCUGUCACCUUUGGGGACUUACAGGCACUUUUUUUUUACUCUUUCUCAGAGUAUCUGACCUGGUCUGCUCAUUGGCAGGACCACAUUUAUCCCCUAGUAAAGAGGGUUGAUUUGUAGUAACCCCCAAAGAAAGAAGAGUCCAGUUUCAAGCUUCUUUAGAAAUUUGUCUCCUGGGGGAAGCUUAGCUCCUCUGGCUGCCACCAAGGUCCAUUCCUUCUUACUUUAAUCUUAGGGCACCUGUGAGCCCCUGGACUCUGACCUGCAGACUGGUGGGCCAUCAGAUUCUCUCUUUUCCCUCUCUCAGGCUAUCAUGGGAAUGGUACUCCAGGAACAGCAUUCGUCACAGCGCUGGCCCGUUCUGAGGGUUCAGGCUAGGGAGCUUCUAUCAAGGGCAUGCUCUAUCUUAACAUUACCCAGGCUGGCCUUGAAGUGAUUAUCCAACGUCCACACAGCUAGCACUCAGGUGUGUGUCCCUACAUCCAACUUGCUGUCUUUGCUUUUAAGCUAAUAACAUUUCUUAGUAAUCAUUCAUUAUCAGUAUAUUUUCAUAGUUUCCUGUCAUAGUUUUUGGAACGUGAGGCAUCAGCUGGAGUUCUCUAUGCUUGGUGGAGACAGCGGUCACUGUUUGUAUACAUGAGAGAGGUGGUAAGCACCUGGGAGAGUAUCCUGCCCUGUUUUGUGUGCAUGUCCAGCUUAGCACUAAGAUUCCUGCAGAGUGUAGAGCAGUGUGUGAGUGAUCCUAGCUGGUUCUGCGGAUGUUCCAGUUCAUUGUCUGAGGAAACACUGUUGUAUUGCUGUGAAGGAAGACCAUGACUAAGACAGCUCUUAUAAAAGAUAGCACUUAUUGGGGGCUUGCUUAGAGUUUCAGAAACUUAGUCCAUUACAUUAUGGCUGAAAGCAUGGCAGCAAGUGGGCAUGGUGCUGGAGAAGUGGCUGAGAGCUACAUUUUGAUCCAUAAGAAGAGACAUAUUUACGCCAAGGCCAGCACCUUAAUCCAUCUUUUUCUUUCAAAUAGUGCUAGUCCCUAGUGACUAAGCAUCCAAAUAUAUGAACCUGUGUGGACCAUUCUUAUUCAAACCACCACAGCACCUAAUUGUGGCAAUUUUCUGUAAUAAAAUUUAAAAUUGAUAGCAAAAAUAAUUUAGUAAAUAUGCAGACUUGUUGAGGUGAAACAGUUCAUUACUAAAUGAUUUGGGCCAAGGAAGAAAUCAAGGAAAAAAUAAACAGCAUCCUGAAACUAAAUGAAAAUGAAAGCAACAAAAUCUUUGAGGUACAUGAAAAUUGUUCCAUAGCUUUAACAACAUACAUUUAAAAUCAGACAAAACGUAAAUUAAUGGAAAACUAGGUAUCUCCAUGCAGAAGGAUGAAACUUGACAAGUGUUUAUCACCCUGGACAAAAAAUAACUGCAAAUGAGAAAAUCAAUAAGAUUGACAAACCCUAUCCAAACUAAUCAAAAGGCGGAGAGAGAACAUCCAAAUUAACAAAAUCAUAAGAGAAAAGGGAAAAAUGACAACAGACACUGAGGAAAUUCAGGGAAUCAUUAGGUCUUACUACAAAACCUGUAUUCCACAAAAUUGGAAGAUAUAAAAGAAAUGGACAAUUUUUUAGAUAGAUACCAUAUACCAAAAUUAAAUCAAGACCAGGUGAGCAAUUUAAAUAGACCUAUAAGCCACGAGAAGAAAAAAGUGGGAAGUACACUUGAACUCAUUGGCACAGGGGACCACUUCCUAAAUAUAACCCCAGUAGCACAGACACUGAGAGAAACAAUUAAUAGAUGGGAUGGGACCUCCUGAAACUGAAAAGCUUCUGUAAAGCAAAGGACAUGGUCAACAAGACAAAAUGACAGCCUACAGAAUGGGAAAAUAUCUUCACUAACCCCACAUCAGACAGAGGUCUGAUCUCUAAAAUAUACAAAGAACUCAAGAAAUUGACACCAGAAGAUCAUAUAAUCCAAUAAAAGAAUGGAGUACAGACCUAAACAGAGAACUCUCAACAGAGGAAUCUAAAAUGGCUGAAAGACACUUAAGGAAAUAUUUAAGAUCUUUAGACAUCAGAAAUGCAAAUCAAAACAACUCUGAGAGUCCAUCUUACACCUGAAAGAAUGGCCAACAUCAAAAACACUGAUGACAACUUAUGCUGGAGAGGUUGUAGGUAAAGGGAACACUUCUGCAUUGCUGGUGGGAAUGCAAGCUGGUUCAACCCCUUUGGAUAUCAGUGUGGCAAUUUCUCAGAAAAUUAGGAAACAGCCUUCCUCAAGACCCAGUAAUACCACUUUUGGGUAUAUAUCCAAAGGAUGCUCAAUCAUGCCACAAGGACAUGUGCUCAACCAUGUUUAUAGCAACUUUGUCAUAGCCAGAACCUGGAAACAACCUAAAUGCCCCUCGACUGAAGACUAGAUAAGGAAAAUAUGGUAUAUUUACACAAUGGAGUACUACACAACAGAAAAAUUAAUGACAUCUUAAAUUUUGCAGGAAAAUGGAUGGAGCUAGAAAACAUUUUUUUGAGUGAACCCAGACACAGAAAGACAAUUAUCAGAUGUACUCUCUCAUAGGUGGUUUUUAAACAUAAGGCAAAGAAAACCAGCCUACAAACCACAAUCCCAGAGAACUUAGACAACCAUGUGGACACUAAGAGAGACUUACAUAGAUAAAAUCUACAUGGCAAGUAAAAAGUAGAAAAAGACAAGAUCU